AUGUUUGAAUUAAAACGGAAUUUAAUUAGCACCAUAUUACGAACAUCCAUAUUGUUAUAUUGUACAAUUUUUUCUAUAUUAAUUUAUCAAACAAUUGAUAGUUAUAAACAAACAAAUAAUAAUUUAAUGAAUAGAUUAAUAUUUACAAAACCAUGUCCAGAAGAGGAUUAUCGAUUUCAUAAUGCUACGGGGAAUUUUCUAUGCGUUGUACCAACAGCUAAUUUAUGCUUUAAAUUAUGUCAAAAAUUAGGUUGCAAUGAAUGGUACUACAUGAGUUUUAUCCCAUCAGGAAGUAAUGAAGUGAAAGGAUAUCAUCGUUGUCGUUGUUUCCCUGAAUAUCAUUUUUGUUUUUACAAUGCUGUGAGUAGACGUUAUCGUAAUUUCGAUUGA